UCCCAACGCAAAAAUUAAAGAAAAAAAAAAAAAAAAUCCAAUUUGGAGGAACCGAGAACUCUGUAUCAUGUCGGUACAAGGGACUUAUCGAAUGUGAUGAAUGGUCAGAGCUCAGAGAAAUCACCGCCUCACCUGAAUCGCGCCAAAGCAGUGCUAGGUUGAAACCAAUCCCUUUUGUUGCGUUAGGAGGGCACAAUUUGGAGUUAUGCUUCUCUCAGCACUUUUAACUUCAGUUGGAAUCAAUCUUGGGCUCUGUUUUCUGUUUUUCACUUUGUAUUCAAUUUUGAGAAAACAGCCUGCCAAUGUCACUGUAUACGGUCCCCGGCUUGUUAAAGAUGGGAACUCUCAGCAGUCAAAUGCGUUCAACCUCGAGAGGCUUUUGCCUACAGCAGGUUGGGUCAAAAGAGCACUGGAACCUACCAAUGAUGAAAUCCUUUCCAAUCUUGGCUUAGAUGCUUUGGUCUUCGUUCGUGUUUUUGUCUUCAGUAUAAGAGUGUUUAGCUUUGCUUCUGUGGUUGGAAUCUUCAUACUUCUUCCGGUUAAUUAUAUGGGCACCGAGUUUGAAGAGUUUUUUGACCUGCCAAAGAAGUCUAUGGAUAACUUCAGCAUUUCUAAUGUCAACGAUGGAUCAAAUAAGCUGUGGAUCCACUUUUGCGCAAUAUACAUCUUCACUGCAGUUGUUUGCUCUCUACUUUACCAUGAGCACCAGUACAUCUCAUCAAAGCGGAUAGCUCAUCUUUAUUCAUCCAAGCCUCAGCCACAUGAAUUUACGGUUCUGGUCAGUGGCGUCCCUCUUGUGUCCGGGAACAGUAUAAGUGAGACAGUGGAAAACUUUUUCAGGGAAUAUCAUUCUUCCACGUAUCUUUCUCAUAUAGUUGUUCAUCGGACAGACAAGUUAAAAGUUCUCAUGAAUGAUGCUGAGAAGCUGUACAAGAAGCUUACUCGAGUAAAAUCCGGAAGCAUAUCUCGUAGGCGUGAUGGGUUUCUAGGGAUGUUUGGGAAGAAUGUUGAUGUGGUUGACCAUUACCAAAAGAAGCUUGACAAGUUAGAAGACGACAUGAGAUUGAAACAGUCUUUAUUAGCAGGAGAGGAAGUUCCAGCUGCUUUCGUUUCCUUUAGGACAAGACAUGGUGCUGCAAUAGCAACAAACAUUCAGCAAGGUCUAGAUCCAACACAAUGGCUGACUGAGAGAGCCCCGGAGCCUAGUGAUGUUCAUUGGCCAUUUUUCACUGCAUCGUUUGUGAGAAGAUGGAUCUCCAAUGUGGUGGUGCUCGUGGCUUUCGUAACUCUGUUAAUCCUAUACAUUGUCCCUGUUGUAGUGGUUCAAGGUCUUGCUAAUCUUCACCAGUUAGAGACUUGGUUCCCUUUUCUAACAGGCUUAUUAAAUAUGAAAAUCGUGAGCACAGUGAUUACGGGAUAUCUUCCGAGUCUAAUUUUCCAGCUUUUCCUUUUGACAGUACCACCCAUUAUGCUUCUACUUUCCUCAAUGCAAGGAUUCAAUUCUCAUAGCCAGAUCGAGAAAUCUGCAUGUAUCAAGCUUCUAAUCUUUACCGUGUGGAACAGUUUUUUUACAAAUGUACUGUCCGGAUCUGCUCUUUAUCGUGUUAAUGUGUUCCUUGAACCUAAGACUAUUCCUCGUGUGCUUGCUGCAGCUGUGCCAGCACAGGCAUCUUUCUUUGUAUCUUAUGUUGUGACAUCUGGAUGGACUGGUUUAUCAUCAGAAGUCCUACGUUUGGUUCCUCUUCUUUGGAAUUUAAUAAAUAAACUUUUCGGCAAGGAAGAUGACAAAGAAUUUGAAGUUCCUUCAACUCCUUUCUGCCAAGAAAUCCCAAAGAUUCUAUUUUUUGGACUUCUCGGUAUAACUUACUUCUUCCUUUCGCCAUUGAUACUGCCGUUCUUGUUGGGUUACUAUUGUCUUGGAUAUGUCAUCUACCGCAACCAGCUCCUAAACGUAUAUGCGGCCAAGUAUGAAACUGGUGGAAAGUUUUGGCCAAUAGUACACAGCUACACUAUCUUCUCUUUGGUACUAAUGCACAUAAUUGCAGUCGGANGUUGGGUCAAAAGAGCACUGGAACCUACCAAUGAUGAAAUCCUUUCCAAUCUUGGCUUAGAUGCUUUGGUCUUCGUUCCCUUUUGUUUUUUNUAUUGCCAAAGACGGUUUUUACCAAAUUUCAGAUCGUAUCCUACCGAGUGUCUGGUAAACAAAGACAAAGAAGACGAGAGAGACCAAAACAUGUCUGAAUUCUAUUCGAAACUUGUUGUUGCUUAUAGAGAUCCUGCGCUUUCGGAAUCACAGAACUCACGAGACAUCUCACCUUAAGAUCCUCCGCUUCAUCAUUCACGUUUACGCGCCCGAGAAGAAAAGCUUUUACUUGAACUUUUGAAGUUUGCUGCAUAUACAAUUAUACAUGUUGAUGGUGUAUGUUAGUUACUACUAUACACAUACUAAACCGGUUGUCUUGUACAUUGGGUAGUAACCGAGUUUUGUAUUUAGACCACAUGACCACAAAUCUCAGUACUUUUUUUUUGUUUUUUGAUUCUUUUUUUAUAUAAUGAAGUGAAAAUUGAUUGGUA